CAGCGGCAGAGACCAUCUUUUCCACCACAUUUUAUCCCAUGCGCUAUCAUGACCUCGUGGAUGAAGCAUUGACCUAUUGUAUCUAAACAGCAUUAUAGUCGACUACGACGGGUUAGGAACUGACACCAUGCCAGACAAGUUAAUCCUCCUUGUACGCGAGGUGGAGCGUCUUGUCACAGCCCCAUACGCGCCCUCUCUCCAAGAUCUCCAUAAUAUUGUUCAGCAUACAUCUUCUACUGUGAUUUCAUCAUGGGCAUCCUGCAAGUUAUGUCAGGUUGGAGCUUUGGUAGACGUUCUUGUUGAUGGUCUAUCUCGCUCAAGAGUCGCCCUACCGCUGCUGCGCGCUUUCGCACCAGUACCAGCAUUUCGAAAUGCUUUGUUGGAGCGUUACCCAGCUGUUCUGGAUAACUUUCUCGAAAAAGCCGUGGAAAAUGAAGAACCCGAGCAUUUCUCGGCAUGCAUUGCGUUGCUUUCUUCUCCGCUACCACCGGACUUUAUAGCCCCAGCGCGUCUUGCCCCCUUUGUCAUGAAGUUAAUAGUCAAGAUGGGAGAACGGCCAUGUGCAGAGACUAUGCUUCCACUAUACCGAUUGAUGACGGGCCUACAGACAUCGCCUAGGACUUUAUAUGAUGUCCCAUUCGAAAUCUUGUCUAGCCUUCAAAUGGAACUCACCAAGACGCUGCGUAACCUUGACGACCACAUGGGGAACUUGCUUUGCCUCGCUACCUUCGCCCGCAUUGCCUCUUCUCAGCAGAUUAACUCUGAAAAAGAACACGGACCAGAUUCCCUCUACUGGAAACUUAAUAUCAACCAUCUCUUUGGACCAAGACGCGGCGCAAAAAUACUAGACCUCGUUGUGAAGCGCGUGGUUUUUGCCUGCUCUUCCGGCUGCAGCGGUUUCACUUCUAAUGAGGUAGCAGAAAGCGUUCGACUAGCCAUCGAGAUCUGCGAUAGCGUGGAACCGGAACAAAAACAGACUUGGAUAGCAGCCAGUUCUUCUAAAGUCACGAUUGCUAAACUUUUCGAGAAGGUGACAAGGGACGGGAUUGACCAUGGCGUACAGAUGAUGGGUGUGACAUUUCUUGCUUCUCUGCUACCACCAGCUUUCUUAUCUCAAGAGAUACUAGCGCUUGGUUUGCAAGGACUUCUAUCAGAUGAUAGCAAGCAUGUGUUGGAGGUCAUCCCAUGUGAGCUUAUUCCACGUCUAGUGGAAGCAAAUGUUAUUUAUUCCGGGGAGCUUAUAAUCUCCAAACUUUUUGACUACGUAUUCUCUGCAUUAAAAGUCAAAUCUUCUUCAAGCAGCGGCUCCAUUGCAACUGUUCAAGUUGCUAGCUCGAUAACAUUUGCUUUGCAGCGCUUACAGUCACAGCAGUGGGCCAGCGUCAUCCUAGAGGUCGCUCGUUCACAAUAUGCGGAGCGAAUAGGCGAGCUGCUGGAGACGUUCCCCGAGCAGUCAUGCCAAUCGCGUUGCGAGAGUUCUAAUAUAUGUCACGCCGCCAUGUCCAUGCACGAGAAAAAGCUACUUGUCAAUUUUAUUGGGCUUUAUUCCGGUGCACUUCUGCAGCACAACGCGGAAGAUGACGUUCCAGAUCCUAUAGAGUCUAGGAUCCUGACCUUUUUCAUGAAUCAAGUCAAAACCAACUUGGCUCAGAACAAGUGUUCUUUCUCUACAUCAAAACCAUUUGAUUUUCGAGGCUCCUUCUCCUCGCUACAAAUCAGAGAAGAUUCCUCGGACAGUUACCAAAGACGUGACUGGAGAACUGGGAUUGCGGAUACUCUUAUGCUCAACGCACGGGCUUCUCACAAGAACAUGAUGAAGAAAGUUGAAGAAGUUUGCCAGGACCUUGAAGAUCGUUGUUACGACACUGAGACUCCUUUAAGAAUAGUUGUAGAAGAGCGUGAGCAGCUAUCUGUCAAAACAGAGCAGCUUAAAAAUCGGAAUCAAGAGCUGGAAACUCAAACCCAGCACGCAUCGAUUACUAUAGCUAAUCUUCAGCAAACUAUAGCGCAGCUCGAACAUCAUGCAGAGAUUUCAUCAGCGCAGUUCGAGGAGUUAUCGGCAACUCUUGAAGCUGCUCGAAGUGAACUGGAAGAACAACGGCACAACUCCCAGGAGACUACCCAGAGUGAAAGAGAAAAAGCCAGAACAAGAGAGCUGGGUCUGAUUGCUACAAUGGCGGAAAAAGACCAACACCUUGAAGAAUUACAGGACGAAAUCCGCGAACAAAGAGAGGAAAAUGACGAGACCAGAAGAAUUCUUGAUACUGUUUCAAAGGAGAAAGCUGCCUGCCUUGAGGAAUCUGUUUUGUUGAAACAGGAGAUUUCCAGACUUGAACAGUCGACUGAAGCAAAUAGGCUAAUUUCCGCCCAAAAAGAUGACGAGAUACAACAGCUAUUGGCUGAUAAAGAAUCAUCAAUCAUGGAGAUAAAAGCUCUACAACAAAGGGUAAGGAUAUUCGGUGCCAAAUACCCAUGAAUCGUCGUUCUGACCUGUCAUACAGGUAGACGGAGAGAUGUCGGAAUCCAACAGUGUGAGAUCUGCACUCAAGAACGCCGAGGAGAAUUUCAGAGCGGAGACAGACUCACUCCGAAAACAAAAUGAGUCAGAACUUUCACAAGUAGUUGCAGAGUGUGCCAAACAAAGGGAAGAGAACAAGGCCCUGCAAGCCACCAUGCAGACAGCCGCGUCCAACGCCACAAAGGAACU